AUGUGUUCUUAUGGAGUCUCAGGGGUAUUUUUGACUUUUACGUUACUUUUGCAUUUUCUUUGUGUUCACUCAAUAAAUCCUCUGUUUCCAACCGCAUCCAAAGGCACGAAAGUGUCCAAGACUGUUCCUGCUGAUGGCCACAGAAGAGCCAAAUACGGCAAAAGUACAUUGUCAGCAUCACCGUUAUCAGGAGACGUAAAGUCACAGCGGGCGAUCAAGGAUGCAAUUGAACCUCAUGAUUACAUGAUCUCCAUCUACAAGACCUUUUCCGCGGCUGAGAAACUGGGACUGAACGCGAGUUUUUUCCGCUCGUCAAAAGCAGCAAACACCAUAACGAGUUUUGUGGACGAGGGUCAAGAUGACCUUUUGAACUCCCCACUGUGGAGGCAGAAAUACUUAUUCGACGUAUCGACUCUUUCUGAAAGCGUGGAGCUCUUGGGUGCCGAACUGAGGAUAUACACAAAGAUCUCCGGAAGCUUCCGAGCGUCUGAGACGGGCCCAGUGGAGAUACAGCUGCUCUCCUGCCAGUCGCACACUGUCCUUGAUUCCAAAACCUUGGAUCUGGAGGAUGCGCAUAAACCAAAAUGGAAGGUUUUUGACGUAUGGGAGGUUUUUAAGGAACGUCAGCGCCACUCCCACGGGACGCGCUUCUGUUUGGAGCUCAAGGCGACGCUAGAUAAUCCUGAGAGGGAAAUCGACUUGCAAUAUCUUGGAUUUCACAGACAUGGCCGUCCGCAACUAAAGAAAGCCAUAUUGGUUGUUUUCACAAGGUCAAAAAAGAGACAAAGCCUUUUCUAUGAAAAAAGGGAGAAGAUAAAGCUGUGGGGUUUGGAUAGUCUUGGGAAGGAGAAAGGACCUCACUCGAAGUCCCGACGGAGAAGACAGACCAUUUUACCCAGCCGCCAUGGCAAGAGGCACGGUAAAAAGUCCAAAUCUAGGUGCAGCAAAAAACCCUUGCAUGUGAAUUUCAGGGAACUGGGUUGGGACGACUGGAUCAUUGCUCCCUUAGACUAUGAGGCCUAUCACUGUGAGGGAAUGUGUGACUUCCCUCUCCGAUCUCACCUGGAGCCGACCAAUCACGCCAUUAUACAAACUCUCAUGAACUCCAUGAACCCCAGCAACAUGCCACCCAGCUGUUGCGUCCCGUCCAAACUCAGUCCCAUCAGCAUCCUGUACAUCGACGCUGGAAAUAACGUCGUGUACAAGCAGUAUGAGGACAUGGUGGUGGAGUCCUGCGGCUGCAGGUGA